CAUAAUACGAGUAUGUUGCACGAUACCUCUCCCACAAUGAUUAGCUAGCUAUGUCUACCACAAUCAUCAAUGCUGUGCUGAUUACUGGGAUUUUAUUAACGAGAACUGUACGUCUGCUGCAGUUCAAUAACACAAAUUUCCAGCUCAAUACGACAUGCACGUUGAAUGUACCUAUCGGGACAGUAACAGCCAGCGGCAAUCCACAGGAUGUUGUGUACCAAAUUUUCGGGACACAGGAUUUUGUGAUCGACCGAUAUCGCGCGGACAUCCGGAUGGUAAAAAAACCAAAGGACGAAAGUCCGUUAUUUUACAUUACGGCACUGGCACCUAAUGGAAGCACUGCCACCACUGCGGUGGAAAUCGAGCACAGCUGCCCAACGGUCAGUUUUGAUGCUGUUUCCUAUCACUUUUUCGCUCAUCGCCGCGCUCCUGGUAGCGAAAUCGGGGCUGUACAGGCAAACGGUGGCCGCAACGUAAAGUAUUCGACCGAUUCCGAAACGUUCACUGUGCACUUGGAAAGCGGAAUUGUUACGACGAAAACUUUACUCCCGGUCGAUGCGACCUUUAUCUUUUACGUAAAGGCUGUUGAUCCAGGCGGCAACACUGAUGUCGCCGAAGUGGUGGUGGAAGUCGCCGGAUGCUACAUGGAUGUCAAUCUCCGCCAUGAUCGUUACAACCUUGUGUUUGACAAGCGAUGUUACAAGUUUUCAAUGACCCGGUGCGAUACUGGAACGGUAGUCGGGCAAAUCUUGGCAAAAGGAUACCCAGAACCAUCCUACGAAUGUGCGGACACGCCAUGCGACAUAACCGUGACCUCGGAUGGAUUUGUCGCACUGGUCCGGUACAUUGAGCCGGGCUCGGUGUACAAUUACAAUAUCGUGGCUGUCAAUGGAAACCAAUCCGACAAUAAAGACGUAGCAUUUAUUACCGUCGACACGAAGCGGUGUCCACCAACAACCACGACGACCACUACAACGACCACUACAUCGACAACACCAACAACGACUGCGACAACAACUACCGCAACAACGGUAACGACAACGAUGACCUCAACGUCGACCACAACCACCGCACCGGCCACCACGUUAGUCACAGUCGCCCCAACGAAUACCGCGCUGUAUUUUGAUCAGCCAACGAUGCUCAGCCCGACAAUGCCGGAUUUUCUGGAUUUUGCCAUGAAUGCAAGCAGUACGAUUAAUCAGACCAUGACCACCACGGAAUAUUUAAACACGACGACGUCAGCUACGGAUGAAUGGCUCCCCGACAAUUCCACUUUGGGAGACAUAUUUUCUUAUGGCAAUGAUACCGGUGACGAUGACUUUCCAAAUUUUAAUGGGACCUUGGAGCCGUUUUUGUUGUUCAACGGAACCGAGGAAGAUGUGGGCAACGUGACAACCAUAACGACAUCGCAGAAUCCGUACAUCGUCCACAUGCAUGUAACAACCGGGAAUCGAACAAAAACCGUACGUCCGGUACGGUUGCAUCCACAAAAAGCAUUUCUAAACCGAAUUUUUGUUAAAAGUUCUAAGAAUCAGGCCCAGUCACAGGCGCACCCAGAUUUCCCAGGAAUGGAAAUUGUGUGAAACGAUUACUGGAAAAAUGUUUCUUGGUUGUAAAAUAAAACUACAUAGUAAAUAAAUAAUUAUUACAUGUAUUGUACUAGAUACCGCAUAUCAGAUGUAUAGCGUUAUGGAAAUUAAAUUUAAUUUCUUACAGAAGUACAGAAUAUUGUGGUGGGCCACUGG